CUAGCGUGAGCAGCCGCAGUCAUGAUGAGCGGUAAGACGAGCGCGGUAGUCGCCGGGGUGUGCGGGGCCGUUUUCAUCGCAUACUGUAUUUAUUUUGACAGAAAACGACGGAGUGACCCUAACUUCAAGAAAAAGCUACUUGAACGUAGGAGAAAGCAAAACGUUUCUAAUGCGAAGUCUGGACUGGCAAGGCUCCCUGACUUGAAGGAUGCGGAAGCUGUUCAGAAAUUCUUCCUGGAGGAAAUCCAGCUGGGCGAGGAGCUGCUGUCACAAGGUGAGUUUGAGAAGGGCGUGGACCACCUGACCAACGCAAUUGCAGUGUGCGGUCAACCUCAACAGCUGCUUCAAGUACUUCAGCAGACGCUGCCGCCUCCAGUCUUCCAGAUGUUGCUCACCAAACUGCCCACCAUCAGCCAGCGAAUCGUCAAUGCUCAGUCUCUAACAGAAGAUGAUGUUGAAUGAACGAGUGUGAGCUGAAAACCUGCUGUUAUGAUUUCGUAAAGAGAUUUCAGAAACUGAUCUUUGUGCACUAUUUGGUAAGCAUGACUGCAGUAGUGAGUGAAGGACUGUGUGAACGCAAAUAUUUGGGCGCCAGACGACCACAAUCCUCCACUGUAAUAGUGUGCCGGGCCUAAAGAAAUUCCUUUUUACAUUAUGUUUUUGGGAAAUGUCAAACUCAUUCCAUAUUUCUAAUCCUGUUAACACCAGAGUUAAUGUUUUCUAGCUGUAUUUUUUUCUUUUCUAUUUAUUUCCCUAAAACAUCAUCAUGUGUUAUGUUUUGGGGUCUUUGCUGAUAAGUGUACUUAAUAAAAGAUAAAAAGCUGUGUAGUGUAGCUGAUUUAAUACUUAUUGCUGCACAGUUGAUAUAAAUGUGAAAUGUGUGGGUGUCUACACAAAUGAGAACACUUGUUAUUGCAAAUUGUCAUUAUGUCUUCUGAAAUUGUUUAAAUGUUAUUUUUAUAUUCCAGUCUUGCAUAUCUGUACAUGUUUUUGUGCAGA